CACUCUUUUGUAUGCCGCCGCAUUGUCUUUUGUUUAUUUACAACUCAUUUUAUAAAUAAAAAGUGACUACCAUGAAAGUUGCUAUAGAAGGAUGCGCCCACGGCGAACUAAAAAGGAUCUACGACACUAUAGCGGCCAUCGAAAAGGAAAGUGGCACCAAGAUCGACCUACUGCUGUGCUGCGGCGAUUUCCAGUCCACCCGAAACCUGGAGGAUUUGCAGACGAUGGCGGUUCCAAAGAAAUAUCUAGACAUGUGCUCCUUCUACAAAUACUACAGCGGAGAGCUGGUGGCUCCCGUGCUGACCAUUUUCAUUGGCGGCAACCACGAGGCAUCCAAUUACCUGCAGGAGCUUCCUUACGGCGGUUGGGUGGCUCCCAAUAUCUACUACCUCGGCUAUGCAGGUGUGGUCAAUGUGAAUGGAGUUCGAAUCGCUGGAAUAAGUGGCAUCUUCAAGGGACAUGACUUUUUGCGCGGGCACCAUGAAUAUCCACCUUAUUCGGAGUCCACUUGCCGAAGCGUAUAUCACGUUCGGCAACUGGAAGUGUUCCGGCUAAAGCAGUUGUCAGGUCGAGUGGAUAUAUUUCUCUCCCACGACUGGCCCAGUGGGAUUUAUGAGUACGGUAACAAGGCGCAGCUGUUGCGAAGAAAACCCUUUUUUGCAGCAGACAUGGAGAGCGGAAAGCUAGGAAGCAAGCCGCUGGAAGAGCUACUGAAAGCAGUACAGCCGGCAUACUGGUUUGCGGCUCAUUUGCAUUGUAAAUUUGCCGCCCUCGUGCCGCAUAAUCAAAACCAAAAGUCAGAGGCUGAUGGAUCUUCGUCCUCUAGCAGUAGCAGCAGUGAAGAUGAAGACGAGGAGAAGGAAAAAAAGGUAGCUCCAACGUCGCGCGCCUUUAAACCUGUUCCCGUGACAAAAUUUCUGGCUCUGGAUAAAUGCCUGCCGCGACGAGCUUUCCUACAAGUGGUGGAGAUUCCAAGUGACCCAGUUGAGGACAGUCCCCAUCUUGAAUACGAUGCCGAGUGGCUAGCCAUCUUGCACAGCACCAACCAUCUGAUUUCUGUUAAGGAGAACUACUACUACCUGCCGGGAAAAAAGGCGGGAGAACUUACAGAACGCUUUAACUUUACGCCCACCGAAGAGGAACUUGAAGCAGUGACCGUGAAGUUUCAGAAACUCCAGGUACCGAGCAACUUUGAGCGCACAGUUCCAGCGUUCGAUCCCGAAGAGCAGUCCAACUACAAGCACAUGGUUGUGGGCCAGCCAAAGGUGCAUCUCAACCCCCAAAGCAAUACCUUUUGCGCGACAUUAGGUAUAGACGAUCCUCUUUGUUUGGUUCUUUUAGCAAAUGGAAAGGACUUACCAGCAUUGGAAUCUGCAGAAACAAAGGGUAAAGCGAACAAAUUUGCUGAAGAGGAACAGCUAGAGGAAGAAAUGGCUAAACCUCUGAUUACGCCUACGAAGCGGAAACUGAACCUAACCCUGCCAUCUCCAGUAUCAACACCUGCAGAUAACAUCGAUAACAACGUAAUAGAUCUGCCCGAGGAGGGGGAACCAGAAGAAACAAUCGAAUCCAGAGAAUCUCCCAAAGUGGAGGAGCCAGCUCAAGUGCCCGCCAGUCCCAAUGUCAAGAAGCUAAAGCGACGAAACCAGGACAUCUAUCAAGCUGAUGAAGAAUAAAACCCAACGAAUUCCGUGAAAGCGGAGUGAUUUCUAA